ACCAGCGUAUGUGUGUGUAUAUACAUGUGUGUGUAUAUAUAUAUGUGUGUGUGUGUGUGUGUGUGUAUAUAUAUAUAUAUAUAUAUAUAUAUAUGUAGAUAGAUAGAUAGAUAGAUAGAUAGAUAUAGAUAUGUACACACAAACACACACACAUGCUGGCACUCCUGGAAGGUGGAAUUGCAAAUAAGAAAAUUAUGCAACCAGCCUAUCCUAUUAUACAUGAAUUCUUCCAAAUCACAUGCUUUGCUGAGAGACUGUAAAAUUACAUUUAUUUGAUCAUUAUAUUUAUACAGCUCCUAUAUGAGCUCUUUGAGGGGAGAGGUGAAGACUUGUAAAAGUAACUAAAAGUUAUUAAAGUUAAAAGUGAACUUGAUAUGUGGCAUAAAGCAAAACUUUCACUGAAUUUGUCCAAAUCAAAUGCCACAAACACGUGUCUUAGCAAAAAACCUGCGUGAUUUGGAAACCUCUACAUUCACGUGUAAUUCUGUAAUAGAUUAGGCUGGUUAUAUAAUUUUCUCAUUUACAAAACCUCCAGCAGUGCCAUAAUAAUAAGCUGAUUAUAGUCAGAGGGAGUAUGAGGUGCAGGAGGAGGAAGAGGUGAGUGUGAUCAGGAGGGUGUGGAGGAGAGCUGCUAUUGCUUCACCUCUGGGUUGUUGUCAUUAUCAGAGUGCUGCACCUCAGGGACCUGACAGUGGAAAGAUCUGCUCUCACCCAACAGCAGUGUUGUGGCUUUGCUUAGAGGAUGGAUGAUGGUCAAACAACUAUUCAAAAGCGUUACAUUAAAGCUUCUCCUUUACUACACACAUAUAAAACAUUAAAAAAAUCUUAGGGCAUAUCAUAAUUUAAAUGACUUCCUGGUAGGAUAAAAUUCUAUACAUGGGCACAACACAGUAUAAGCAAGGUUAGUAACUUUAGCAAAUUUAGCACAUUUUGCAAAGUUUUAUGAAGACCAUGAAUUCAGUUGGUGGUCCUAAUCAUCAUGAAGGAAAAUGGACAUCAGCUGAUUUAGAGGUUAGAGAUGAUGAGAAUCAGAAUAUUCCUUCUCUAUGGUAUGGAGGAAUUGACAAAUGCUUGGGUCUCACCAACAGUAACACUAGAAAUAUAGACAAGGGGUACUCUGAGUUGGACCCCUUGCUUCCUAAUGAUCAUUCGUGGCCCUCAGUCCAUGAUGAGGAACAAGCGUCCACUGGUGCUCAGGCCAUGCCGAGCGAAUCAUACUGUACCAUGGUGCUUCAGAUCCUGGCUCCAUUCCUCCUGGCAGGCUUUGGUACAGUAAUGGCUGGCAUGCUGUUGGACAUUGUGCAGCACUGGGACGUGUUUCAGAAAGUAACAGAGAUCUUCAUCCUGGUGCCGGCAUUACUUGGCAUGAAAGGCAACCUGGAGAUGACACUGGCAUCAAGACUCUCUACAGUGGUGAAUGUUGGCAGAAUUAACUCCUCAAAAGAGAAGUGGAAACUGAUCAUUGGAAAUCUUGCCCUCAAGCAGGUUCAGGCUACAGUGCUGGGUUUCCUUGCAGCAGUGGCAGCCUCUGUACUUGGAUAUGUUCUGGAUGAGAAAUUGACCAUAAAUGGUACAGCAAUGUUAUGCUGCAGUGGUGUAGUGACAGCAUUCAUGGCAUCGUUACUGCAAGGUAUCAUUAUGGUGGGUGUGAUUAUUGGCUCAAAGAGGACCGGGAUUAAUCCUGACAACAUAGCAGCACCAAUUGCGGCUAGUUUUGGUGACCUCAUCACUUUGGGGUUGCUUGCCAUCAUCAGUCAAAGGCUUUUCUCUUGCAUUGAACUCUACCCCUAUAUUAUCUACGUAGUGUGUGUCGUCUUUCUGUGCCUGACACCAGUCUGGGUAAUAAUUUCGUUUUGUCACUCUGAAAGCCACAAACUGCUGUACAAUGGUUGGGAACCCAUAAUCACAGCCAUGGUUAUCAGCAGCAUAGGUGGACUUAUCCUGGACAAAACCAUUACUGACUCAAACUUAGGAGGAGUAGUGGUUUACACCCCGGUGAUAAAUGGUGUUGGUGGUAACCUGGCUGCCAUCCAGUCCAGCCGUAUAGCCACGUAUCUACAUUUUCACUGCUCCCUGGGAAGGUUGCCUGAGGACGCAAAGUGCUGUUACUGUCCAUUCCGAACCUUUUACGGCAAAGGAUAUAACAACAGAACAGCUCGGGUGCUGCUUCUUUUAGCCAUUCCAGGCCAUGUGGUCUUUCUCUUUAUUAUUUAUCUAAUGCAAGGUGCCAACACCAGCCCAACACCAACCUUCAUCACCCUCUACUUGGUUGCAGCUCUAACACAGGUAUUUAUACUGUUGUGCAUAGCUGACUGGAUGGUUCACUGCUUGUGGAAGUAUGGCCGAGACCCAGAUAGCUUUUCUAUCCCCUAUUUGACAGCCUUGGGGGAUCUACUGGGCACUGGCUUGUUAGCUCUUUGUGUUUUUGCUGUGGGCGAAUAAUGACAAGGACACACUCUUGGAUGAAAUGGAUUUACCAGGAAAUUUACGGGCUAUAUCUUAAACUAUUAUUUAUUUUCACAUAAUUUUUAUUGUUACUAAUUCUUUAUCUUUGUUAGACUCUCCUCUUGUUCACUGGAGCUACUGAAGCAUGAAUACAUAUUUCCAAGCCAUUGCUGAGACACCUCAGCCACUUUGUACAGCAAUAUUAAUUACUUAGUAAGUCUUAUGAGUGAUACAAAGUUAAGGACAUUUUUUAGCAUUCUAUCAAUAUUAUCAAUUAUUAUGUUCAUAUUUUUUUAACAGUCCAUAUACUUAAAAUGUCUCUACUUUCCAACCCUUUCUAGAAGUCAAAAGUCAGCAAGUUGUAACAUAAACGGAAUGUAGCAAACUGAAUCAAUCAUGCUUUUUAUUUAUGAUGGGGACAUACACACGUAUGUGAAGCACCAAAAACAAUUGCUGGCUGAUUUUGACUGUCAGCACAUAAAUGAUCAGAAAAGCUUACCUUUUUCCAGAACAUGAGAAUGAAAAAAUCUUUAAAAUCAUCUUUAAAGGUUCUAAAUCUUUAAAGUUUUUAAAGUUUAAAGAAUCUGAUAGGUCAAAAAUAUAACAGAAUACAAACCCUGAUUAUACUCUGAUUAUAUACUGAUUACUCCCUAUUUAUAAUGUACUGUUCCUUUUUGUUUUAUUUAUUUAUUUUUCUAGAUUUAUCUAUAUUUGUAAUAAUAUUAAAAUCUAAUAUCUAAUAUUUUAUUAUUGUAAUGUAUAUCUUAUACUAACAAAAUAAUAUUAGAAAACACACACACACACACAUAUACAUAUAUAUACAUAUACACAGUACUGUGCAAAAGUCUUAGGCACAUGCGAAGAAAUGCUGUAGAGCAAAGAUGCCUUCAAAAAUAAUGAAAUUAAAUGUUUCUACAUAAAAAAAAAUAGCAGUAAACAGUAAUAAAUGAAAUAAAGUCAAUAUUUGGUGUGACGAUCCUUCGCUUUAAAAAAAAUAGUAGUCUCAGGUACAAUUUGUGGAGUUUAUAAGGAAAUGAGCUGUAAGUUUCACUGAGCAUCUUGUAGAACCAGCCACAGUUCUUCUGGAGACUUUGACUGUCACACUUGCUUCUUAUUUCUGCAGCAAAACCCAGCAGCCUUCAUUAUGUUUUUUUGUCUGAAAAGUGUCUCUUAUGUAAUAUGCUGCUUUCUUUACUGACAUACAAACAUUUUUCUGUAACAUUUAAUUUUGUGCUGGAAAACUAAUGUUUGGAAAUCUAAAAUGUUUUUGUAUUGAAUCAAUAAUGUAGAAAUCAUAAAAUAAAAAUCUAUAACAAAGUUUGUACUAAAAAAAAAAAACAGAGUGCCUAAGACUUUUGCACAGUACUGUUUAUAUAUAUAAACACCGACAAGCGCCGACGAAGGCCGUGUCAAGUUGAAGGAUCCUUGGAAGGCAGCCUUUGUUACGUGGCCUUCAUUCGGCAGAUUUUGAAGGAUGCAUCAGUGUACUCUUUGCGUUGUCCAAUCACCCACAAUCCUUUGCACACAUUCUGAAAUUCACGAAAAAAAAAGGCGGGACACGAGUCGGCACUGAGCUCCCCACCAAAAAUGUUUUCGGAGAUGAAGGCAUUUAUGUUUAUAUUUAUUUUGUGUUGCUGUAAAUUAAAUGCUGCCCAUGUUAUAAACCACUAGGAGACCACAGAGGGUUGUCAUAUGAUUCGCAUUUGCUGUAUUGCAUUAUAUAAUGUCAGUUAAUAUAAAUAUUUUUAAAAAGUACUUUCCUAAAAAAAAACACAACAAAUUCCUUGUGUGUCUGCGCACACACCUGGCGAAUAAAGCUAAUUCUGAUUCUAAAUUAUUUUAAAAUUGUAUUACAAUACUACAAUUACAAAAAAUCAACAGUACUUAUAAAAAUAUUAUAGCAUUACUGUUAUGGCUUUGGUACUGGAAAAAUAAAGAACAUAUUACAGUGUUACUAGCAAUUCACCUUAAUACUGCCAUAACGUAAUACCAUUAAAUUUUUAUAAUGUAAUACCAUUAUAUUUUUAUGACCGCUUUCAUACAUUACACCCUGAGCGAAAGUAAAAGAGAAUGAUUUAAGUUAUGCUUGAAUAUAUUAUUUUUAGCUCAAGCUGUUAAGUAUUAAUAUUAUAUGUUAAGCAGAAGUGUAGCAAUAAGUUUUUUCUUUUAUGUGUUAUGUAAAAUUAACAGUAGGAGGUGCUGUAGGCAUAUGUUCUUAUUUUCUUUUCCUUCUGGAAAGUUAUAUACCUUACUGCUGUCUGCGUAUCGUCGUUGUAGUUCAACUGCCGAAAUUUAGAAUAAAGUGACACAAAUGCAACCUCCUGGUGGCUUCCUCCAAUUCUACAAAGUAGAGGAUCAGCAGAGGUAUGACAUCUGUCAUCUACAAUAGUGCUUGUUCUCUUUUCAGAGUUUUUGCACCCUGACCGCGGGGGCAGAAAACUUCAUGAUGUAGCCAUGACAUCGCCUUGCAGACUUACUAGGCUGUCUCAUUCUAGCAUUCAAUGCUGCGGAGGAGUCUAGCCUAGAAGCCUCAAAAAGACUGUUCUAGGAAGGACGCAGCCUCAUUAGGGCACAACCUUCCGUUUGAGAAACACCCAAUGUUGCAAGCUU